AUGGAGGUUGAUGAGGGUGCCCCCUUUUUCAUUGCGCAAGAAGACGUGAAGGAUUAUUUCUAUCGAUUGGGGAUUGACAAAAAGUUGGGGGAGUACUUUGCAUUGCCCGCGAUUGAGCCAGCAUUGCUUCGGGAGGUACGUGGAGACUUGCCCGAGGAACUCACCCAGCUGAUGGAUGUGUCUGGCGCCCGGAUUCACCCAUGCCUCAAGGUUUUGCCCAUGGGAUUUUCGUGGGCUUUUCAUCUUGCCCACGAGGCCCAUGUAGAAGUUGCCCGCAGGGUUCUCUCGUCCGUGCCGGUGAUUCGCGACCGGAGACCACCGCCACUGCUUCAUGCUGGGGGAGGUGGGCAUGAAUCGGCGAUGUUGAUCUAUGCGGAUAACUGCAAUCAUUUGGGCACUUGCAGGACAGUGGUGAACCGAGAUCAAGUUCGAGUUCGGGAAGCCUUGCAUUCAUACGGGCUUGACACGCAUGAUGUAGUCGAAUGCAGUGAGAUUGUCGAGAGUUUGGGCGUGAGAGUCAAUGGUUUAUCUGGCAAAGUUCAGGCGUCGCCACACCGUGAUUGGCGCCUGGAUCGAGCACUCCUGGCGUGCCAGGCAGCGCCAGCUUUAUCAGGGAAAGAGCUAGAGUCUGAGGUGAUCAUCGGACAUAUGACGGCUGAUAUCUUUGCGGCUUGGGAUGGACAUGCACUUUGCACGGAUGCCUGCCCCUCUGGCUAUGCAGUGUGCGAGAGUGAUUGGAGUCCAUCUGAAUCUGCGGAGGUUGGGCGAGAGGAUGAGCGGUGGAGGUUCUAUCGAGGACCGCCCGACCGCCCAGCUCCUCGUGCAGCAGCACUGGACACAAGUUUGGUGUUUGAGGAUCCAUUGACGGUCCGGCCGGAGAUCGAUGGGGAGCUAUUUGGGGACUUGUGUGAGGACCCCAAGUUUCCCAGAGGUCAAGAAGCUCUUGAUGACACCGGAGAGAUGGCAUGUGUUGUGGGGCAGCCGUGUAAGGUGGAAGGACGCCACACACGUGUUGGAGGCCCGCAGCAUCUUGGGCGCAGUAAAGCAUCGUUGCAGGGACACACAGAGACAUGGUAA